UUAAAAGAAAGCUAGAAGAAAUUGAAUUGCAAAACACAGAACUGGAAAAUCAGUUGGUGACUCAAGAAGAUACCCUUCAGAAAACCGAACUGCAGUUUAAACAGAAACUUACAGAAUAUGAUGCUUUAGCAAGACAGCUAGAAGCUGCUUUGGAAGAUGGAAGGAAACAGUUAGCAGAGGAACUAGGAAAAAUUAAUUCUAAGGAGCGAUCUUUUCAGUUGAAAAUAUUGGAUCUAGAAAAUGAAUUAAGACAGAAGAAAAAAGAAAAGAAAGAGCUAUCCAAAAGACUGGACAGUGUAAGUAGACUUUUUUUUCAUAUCAAAAAGCUAGAUGUGUGUACUGAAAUAACAUUUCAUCUAGCUUAAGACUGAUAAUUCUUUUUAUUAUUUCAGUAUUACUUUAAUUUGCCUUAAACUUUUAAAACUCAUUAGAUUUCCAU